AUGCCAGAUUCUGAGCGUACACACAGACAACCAACGUUCGACACUCUCCAACGUGAAAAUCUAUUUAAAUAUCCUCCAAAACAAGGCUCCAGCUAUAAGAUCUUGAACGAAUUUGUUGCGCCGCACAUAGAAUCUUUCAAUGCUCUUUUUGACGACUCUGGUUUACCCUCUGGCGAUGGAAAGGGAAAAGGUCUUUUGUCUAUGGGAAUAGAGGAUAUUGGGGAACGUGUUAUAUUUGAUGGCGCCGGAAAAGAUGCAGGCGCGUGGGGUAAUCGAAUGAGGAUAUGGAUCGAAUCGGUUUCAAUAUCACGGCCUAUGGUCCCAGACAGGAACAAAUUUGCCAAGGAUCGAAGAAUUUUUCCAGCAGAGGCUCGUGAAAGAUUGGCUUCGUAUCGCGGAAAAAUGUCUGUAAAGCUCUGUUGGACAGAUCCAGAAGGCCAGCGACAAGAAAUCAUGAAAGAUUGUGGGCUUGUGCCAAUCAUGGUUCGAUCCGUUCGUUGUAACCUACGCGGCAUGUCCUCCUCUGAGCUGGUGAACCACCACGAAGAAGCUGAAGAAUUUGGCGGCUACUUUGUGAUAAACGGAAACGAACGUCUCAUUCGCUACCUCAUUCUUCCUCGUCGGAACCAUGUCAUUUCCCUUCUUCGACCCUCUUUCGCGAAUCGUGGCCCUUCAUAUACCCAAUACGCUGUGCAGAUACGCUGCGUGCGCCCUGAUCAAACCAGCUGCACCAAUACCCUACAUUACCUCGCGAACGGAAGCGCUAUGUUUCGGUUUAGCUGGAGGAAGCAGGAAUAUGUUAUACCAAUCAUGUUGAUUUUGAAGGCUCUGGUUGGAGCUUCCGACAAGGAAAUCUUUGAAGGAUUAAUGAUGCAGGAUUAUGAUAACACCUUCCUGACAGGUCGCGUUGAGUUGCUCUUGCGAAGUUACAAGAGGUUCACGAUGCGAACGGGAGAGCAGGCGCUCGAAUACCUUGGGGAAAAGUUCCGCGUCGUACUCGGAUUGGCUGAAGAUAUGUCAAAUUCCGCUAUCGGUGCACUCCUCAUUCGAAAGUUAAUUCUUGUACACAUCGAAAAUCCUCGACAAAAAUACCAUUUGCUCCUAUUUAUGCUCCGCAAACUAUAUUCCCUGGUCAACGGGACAUGUUGUGCGGACAAUCCAGAUUCCCCUCAACAUCAGGAAGUGUUACUUCCUGGAACCCUUUACAGCAUGAUCAUUAAGGAGCGACUUGAAGAAACUCUUAACGCGAUUCGUACUUUUGUUAAUGUCGACGUGCGGAACGGUGCAACUGUAGAUUUUCACGAUAAACGAUAUUUGGCCAAAAUUCUUGCUCGAGUGAACUUUGAUAUUGGGUCGAAGUUGUCGAAUUUCCUCGCAACAGGUAAUCUCGUCUCUCCUUCAGGUCUUGAUUUACAACAAGCCUCCGGUUUCACUAUUGUUGCCGAGAAACUCAACUGGCAACGAUAUAUUAGCCAUUUUAGAUGUAUCCAUCGUGGUGCAUUUUUCGCCGAACUAAAAACUACCACUGUCCGAAAACUCCUCCCAGAGGCUUGGGGCUUCCUUUGUCCUGUCCAUACACCUGAUGGUUCACCAUGUGGUCUGCUCAAUCAUUUAGCGAGAACAUGUCGUCUUGUGACUGCACCUCUCGCUGUUGCACAUAUCCCGGCCUUACUCGUAAAGUAUGGGAUGUCUGAGCCGUUCAGCUCAUGUAUCGAUGGGCGAACAAAUUUGUGUGUGCAACUUGAUGGACAUGUCAUUGGAUGGGCUUCACCUAGUGUUGCGAAACAGCUUGCUACAAAUCUGCGUAUCUGGAAGACGGAAGGCAAAAAUGAGAUUCCAAUGGACUUGGAGAUAGGAAUGGUUCCUCCGUCAAUGGGAGGCCAGUAUCCUGGCCUGUUCUUAUUUUCGUCACGGGCACGGAUGAUGAGACCGGUGAAAUAUUUGCCCAAUGGACGUGACGACUCGGUUGGACCCUUUGAACAGGUAUAUAUGGAUAUUGCCUGUACGCCAGAAGAAAUUGAACCUGGAGUCUCCACACAUGUUGAGCAUAAUCCUACAAAUUUCCUGUCUAUCUUGGCGAACUUGACCCCGUUCUCCGACUUCAAUCAGAGCCCUCGUAACAUUUACCAAUGUCAAAUGGGUAAACAAACUAUGGGAACACCUUCAACUGCGCUGAAACAUCGAACGGAUAACAAGCUCUACCGACUACAAAGCGGACAAAGUCCGGUUGUUCGACCGGCACUACAUAAUACAUACGCCAUGGAUGCUUUCCCUAACGGCACCAAUGCCAUCGUCGCCGUCAUAUCUUAUACUGGGUACGACAUGGAAGACGCUAUGAUCCUCAAUAAAUCCGCGCACGAGCGUGGGUUCGCAUACGGAACCGUUUACAAAUCGCAAAUCAUCGACUUGAAGGACAUGAAAGGAGCAUCUAAGACUGGCGCACCUACACUCCAUUUCGGGCUCGGGCCUGAAAUCAAAGUCAAUUCUAGGGCUGAGAACAAACACUCUUGCCUUGAUUUCCUUGAUCUGGAUGGUCUACCCUAUGUUGGUACGAGACUGAGCACCGGCGAUCCAAUUGCGGCUUAUGUGGACGAUGUCACCCGUCGUACAAAGUUUGUCAAAUAUAAAGGGGACGAAGCUGCUUUUGUGGAUGAGGUUCGUCUUAUUGGCGAUGAAACUGGCGAAACCGAAUUGCAGAAGGUUCAUAUAACUCUUCGGAUAACUCGAUCCCCCGUCAUCGGUGACAAAUUCUCUUCUCGACAUGGUCAGAAAGGUGUCUGUUCACAAAAGUGGCCCGCUAUCGACAUGCCCUUUAGCGAGAGUGGGAUGCAACCUGACGUAAUCAUCAAUCCUCACGCAUUUCCCAGUCGAAUGACAAUUGGUAUGUUGGUCGAGAGUAUGGCCGGGAAAGCAGGCGCCAUGCACGGUCUGGCCCAAGACGCCACUCCGUUCAAAUUCUCAGAAGAGGAUACAGCUGUCAGCUACUUCGGAGAACAGCUGAAAGCUGCUGGAUACAACUACUACGGCAAUGAGCCGAUGUACUCUGGAAUCACGGGCGAGGAGUUCGCGGCCGAUAUUUAUCUUGGAGUCGUCUACUAUCAGCGACUACGACACAUGGUGUUGGACAAAUUCCAAGUUCGAACGACGGGACCUGUUGAUCCUAUAACCCGACAGCCUGUAAAGGGUCGCAAGCGCGCCGGUGGGAUUCGUUUCGGAGAGAUGGAACGAGAUGCACUUAUCGCACACGGAACGUCCUUCCUGCUUCAGGAUCGUCUGAUGAACUGCUCGGACUACUCCACCGCUUGGGUUUGUCGAACUUGCGGAAGUCUUAUAUCACUUGGAUACGAGGACAUCAGUCUGGGAGAGGUGUUUACAGGCAUGUCUAGCUCGCGAAAGCCGACAGGACCUGGCGGUGAGUAUUGUAGGACGUGCCGAGCAGCUGCAGAACAAGAGGAUGAACUUGAGAGGCAAGCUCUAGCAACGGGACAACAUCUUCAGCGUCCACAGGGAAAUAUUACAGUCGCAAUUUCUUCGCAGAAUGUACUCGGAAAGUCGUCCAAGGGCGGGGAUCUUGAUGUUAUCGCCGUACCAUACGUCUUCCGAUACCUUUGUGCGGAGCUUGCUUCGAUGGGUAUUGCCGUAUCUCUCGAGAUACAAUAA